GCCUUGCAAGCGGGCGAAGCCAAUCAAGCCCAAAAAGGCAAUUCGUUUUGCGGCGCGUCUUCCUCGAGACUUCCGAGCCCAUCAUGAAGUGAAUCAAUACAUCAACAUCAAAACUAGGCCGUCACAUCUCGCCGGCUUCCCCAGAUACUAUCGAAGAUCCAGAGAAAAUACACACCAAAACUCGAGAGAAGACGAUCAACACCUCCGAAAACAUGUCUACUCAAUCCUUCCCAUCAGUCACACCAGUCCACAUAUCAAAAUCCAUCUCGACAUCAUCAGCACCAACGGAGGACCCUAACAACCCACUGCCUCAACUUUUGCACACACCUUCCGGACUCGCGAUAAUCGAACUUCAAGGAACCAUCAACUUCCCCCAAUCCAACCCUACAGAAGAAGACUCCUCCGACGCCAAUAACACAAUCACGUCGUCAACAGAAGUCGGACGCUUAGUAUUUCCCCUCUAUACACCAGGCAUCUCAGAUCCCAACAGUGGAGCAUGGAUGAAGCGUGUUUACUUCUACAUCGGCAAACAUCAACGCAUGACCGGCGAGAUCAAGAAAUUACCGAAGCCGCUGGCUGUGUUGAGGAAAUCACAGAGCGGAGAGGAAGGUGCAGUUGAGAUCGUGGAGAUUGUGAGGUACAAGGUUCUGUUUGGAAGUAGGCCUGAGCCUGUGAGUGAGGAUUUGGCCUGAGAGAUCGAGGAAAAUGGGUGCAGGAAGUUUCCAUCAAGGAUGGGGCAGGCUUGGAGAAGGAUUGAGGAUGCAAGUGUUACGAGAAUGAUGCGUCUGACAUGAGUCCUACAAGCGCUUAUGGAGACCGAGGUCUCGCAUUAGUUAGACCUAGGCACGGUAAAAACUGGCCGUCUCCUAUACAUGUUACCCUCGUGUCUAUUGAUGCACCGUCGGUUCGAUGUAAGCAAAUUUAUAGACGAAGCCCUCCUCACAUGGAGGAUCAUCCGGCCGAAUCGGAUGAAUUUUCCCGCUCAGUACGGAGUAACAGCACCUCGUAGCACGAUGCAAUUGGAAAACCAUG